AUGGAGGCCGGCGCAGACAACAAGUCCUUCAACGCCCCGGCGGAAUAUGACAAGGAUCUCGUGGGUGAGAUGGACGAGAGGGAGAGGAAUGUCUACGAUCAUGGCGUCAACAAGUUCAACCGUCUUGGAUGGAAACGUCUGACGGUCGUGCUGAUUGUCGAGGCCAUCGCGUUGGGCAGUCUGUCGAUCCCCUCCUCGUUCGCGACCCUGGGCAUGGUCGCCGGUGUCAUCUGCUGCAUUGGCCUUGGUCUGAUCGCCAUCUACACCAGUCACGUCAUUGGCCAGGUCAAGCUGGCCUACCCUCAGGUCCAACACUACCCCGACGCCGGUCGAUUGAUGAUGGGCCGCUUUGGCUACGAGUUGAUCAAUGUCAUGCUUAUCCUCGAACUGCUCUUCCUCACGGGCUCCCACUGCCUGACGGGUACCAUCGCCUUCCAGAACAUCACCGAGAGCGGGGUCUGCUCUGUCGUCUUCGCGGUUGUUUCUGCCAUCAUCCUGGCUCUGUUGGCCUUCCCUCCCAGUUUCGCUGAGAUGGCUGUUCUCGGUUACAUCGAUUUUGCCUCCAUCAUCAUCGCCAUUGGUAUCACCAUCAUCGGCACUGGUGUCUCCGCUGGCAGCUCCCCUGCUGGACUGUCUGGUGUUGAAUGGUCUGCGUGGCCCAAGCCAGGAACCACCUUCACCGACGCCUUUAUUGCCCUCUCCAACAUCAUUUUCGCCUACAGUUUCGCUCUGUGCCAGUUCUCCUUCAUGGACGAGAUGCACACCCCCAAGGACUACAUCAAGUCGAUCUGGACCCUUGGUAUCACUGAAAUCUUCAUCUACACCAUCACCGGUGCCCUCAUCUACGCCUUUGUCGGCCAGGACGUUGAGAGCCCCGCUCUGCUUUCCGCCGGAAACACCCUCAGCAGAGUCGCUUUCGGAGUCGCUCUUCCCGUCAUCUUCAUCUCUGGCUCGAUCAACACCGUCGUGCUAGGCCGUCUUGUGCACGGCCGUGUCUUCAAGAACUCGACCAUCCGCUUCAUCAACACCAAGAUGGGCUGGAUCACCUGGCUCUCUCUGAUCAUCUUCGCCACCAUCCUCGCCUUCAUCAUCGCCGAAGUCAUCCCCUUCUUCUCCGACCUCCUCUCCAUCUGCUCCUCGCUCUUCAUCUCCGGCUUCACCUUCUACUUCCCCGCCAUGAUGUGGUUCAUGCUCAUCAGAAAGGGCAGCUGGACUGAUCCCAAGAACCUCUUCCUCGCCUUUGUCAACGGAUGUGUUUUCAUCAUCGGCCUUGUCAUUUUGGUUGCGGGCACCUAUGCUAGUGUCGAUGAUAUUAACAACAACUACAAGGAAGGCACCGUGCGAGGUGUUUUCACCUGCGCUGCUCCGGAGUAA